AUGGCGGACGCUGCGGUGCAGCGAGGUCGCGGGUUUUCGCGCGGAGCCACAAGAGGGGGUUCAGACCGAGGUGGUCAAAAUUUCACAACUGCUCGUGGAAGAGGAGGACGUGGUAGAGGGAAUGCUGGUGGAACCUAUUCGCGCGGCCGUGGUGCGGGUACCUCGGCCACAGGACCAUCCCAUGCUCCACGUUGGGGCGCGCCUCCUUCGACGAAUGCGACAGGCGCCAGCUCUCCAUUUGCGCAAUUGAAUCAACAGAACCGGCCAAACCAGCCGUCUCCAUUUUCGAAUGCGUCCGGCUCGAAUCAGUCACGAACAGCAUCGCCCGCUGCAGAUAAUGCCUACAAUCCCAGCUCGGCGCAGCGCACCCAAAGACACGCGUCGAAUGGUCAUGCACAUGGCCAUGGGGGCCUCACAAAGCAGCAGAAAUUCGAAUCUGCAGCCACCUCCGGUUCAUUCCCAGACCGCUAUGAGCAGCUGAAAAUCGACCGCACCAAGGAAAGACAGAAGGCUAUCAGAAAUGGUCUGAUGGCUGAUCCAAACCAGCCUACUUCCCUCAACAAAGCCAUUCGACCCGUCGGCACCUGCGAGAGCAUGUGUCCUGAAUUUGAGCGCGUGGAACGCAUUGUUCAAAAGAUGGUGGAUCGCAGCGAGAAGCAAUUCGACCCAUCAACGAAUUCAUUGCAGAAUGUGGAAGCGAAGAUGCUGAAGCGCUUUCGCCGCUCAGCUGCUGGUUACGAUGAACAGCUCCCAUCCGACAUCCGAACUCCGAAAGCUUUGCUUCAAGCUACGAACUAUCUGAUUCGGUAUAUAGUUGGUGGGACGGAGCCACUUGGAGUUGUCCAUAAAUUUGUCUGGGACCGGACGCGCUCAAUUCGCAACGACUUCUCUGUGCAGCAAGUGACUCGUGGAGCUGAUGUCAAAAUCGCGGUGCUUUGCUUGGAAAGAAUUGCUCGGUUCCAUAUUCUUUCGCUUCAUCUCCUUUCAAGCCCGGCGAACGAGGAACAGUUUGAUCGUCAUCAGGAACGCGAGCAACUCAACAACACCAUGCUGUCCCUUAUGUACUACUACGAUGAUAAUCGUGGCCGCGUACAUUUUCCAAACGAGGAAGAAUUCCGCGCGUACUACAUCAUCUUCUCCAUACACGACCAACGCCCAGACCUCGAAUCCCGAGUACAGAAGUGGCCCGCGGCAUUGCUUAACUCCCCUCGUGUUCAGGUGGCUCUGGAACUGUACGCUGCGGCCUGCAACACAUGGGAAUACCAGGGUACAUUGGAUGCGCGCAGACCGAAUGCAAUCGCCCAAGGCUUCUAUUCACGCUUCUUUCAUAUUAUCGACUCCCGAAGCGUCUCCUACCUGAUGGCAUGCGUGGCCGAGAUCUACUUUACGCACGUCCGGCAAACUACCAUUCGUGCAAUCUGGAAAGCAUAUUGCCGCGUCCCAUUAUCACAACAGCAUAAGAACGACGAAUGGACUCUGGAGCAGUUGACCAAGGUACUCUACUUUGAUGACGAGGAGCAAACCAUCAGAUUCUGCGAGGACCAGGAUCUCCAAAUCGCCGAAAAUAGCAACGGUGAAAAGUAUCUCGAUUGGGGCAGUCGCCCAGUUGAGUCGGUUGGUUUCUCGCCAUCUUCCGAGCAUGCAUUUUCGGAAACAUACGUUGAAUCGAAGCGUGCUGGCCGCAACUUGGUGGCGGUCAUUCUCGGAAUGUCCGUCCGGGAGGCUGCAUCGAUUGGCAUGAUCGACAAGUCUGUAGUGUCUGAACGUAUGCGAAUCAGUCCUGCGGGUAGUCCUGCCCCUGCCCAAGAAAAUGUUUUUACGAGUAGCAAGGACAAUACGCAAGCCGUCGCUCCUACACAGGCCUUCCCGACGAGUUUUGGAGGCAGUUUCACGCCAUCAACACUCCCGGCACAAGAAGCUGUCAAAGUUGGUCAGCCGUUCCAACCGCCCUCGCUACCUUCGUUUGGAGCUCCAGCUCAGGCAACUCCCGCAGCCGGCACGAGCGCGCCUGUUACUGGCCUAAAUCCUUUCUCCACCAUGUUAUCUGGCAAGAAUGCAAGCAAUGCUUUGAACAAAGCCUCGACGAAUCCCGCUUCUGCCCAAGAACCGUCAGCAGCCUCCCCAUCCUCCUUCGGAAAGCCAUCAAAAAUCACACCGGGCGCAACUGAAGCUCCCUCGACCGAAUUCUCGAAUCAAGAACAUGGUGCAGCAACCGAAAUCACUCCUGCCUCCAAUCCCUUUUUCUCUAUGCAAUCUGGCCCUGGUACGGCAUCCGUUAUCCAAACAGCGGCGACGAAUCCUUUUGCCAGUACGAAAACAUCGUCACUAUCACCAUUCUCCUUCCCCAAACCGACAGUAACAGCUCCUGCCACAUCCGCCUCUUCACCCAUCGAUCUCUCGAAGCCAACACACGUCACGUCCGCGGAGGGAGAAAAGGUCCCUUCAGUCCCUUCAUUAUCGACGUCAAAUAAGCAACUGCAGCCUGCCACUACCUUUUCGACCAGCUCCCCAUUCGCCUUCCCCAGCUCAAAUGUUCCCACCAAUAUUGAUGGUGCUGCUGCUGCUUCUCCAAAUCCCUUUGCAGCCUCUUUGUCUGCCCUUGGCUCUUCAAAACCGCCUCCAGUAGCCGAAGAUGCCAACAUCAAUCCAAUCCUCACAAAACCGAGCGCUCUAUUGGCUAAAUCAAAGAACAGCAACAUUUCAGAAACCGCGCAGACAAGUUCAACCUCUGCUGCUUUCCCCUCUGGGCCCUUGCCAUCGUCGAAUGGUCUUAUGUUCCCUCCGCCAACAAAACCGGCCGAUGGUACAUACAAGGACAAUCAUGCGACAACCAAUGUCCUGAGCUUUAACAAAGAAGGUCCUUCCCAAGGCCUGUCCACUGGAUUGGCAUUCACACAAACGCCAUCUUUCAAUCAAGUCCCACAGACUUCUGCUUUCCAGUCGCUUGCUCUACCUGACGCCGGAAAGGGGUCUGACGGCCUUUUCAAGCCUUCUUUACCCUCUUCCCAACCACAACAACAAAAGGACUCCGCGCCAAAAAAGGUACCGACCCUUUUUGGGCCUUCUGCGGAGGCUUCCACUUUUGUUUCCUCUCAGAUGCAGAAACCUCUCUUUCCGCCUGGUACAACAGCCACGACUUCAGUGCCUUCUGGGCAGAGAGGGGAAUCGAAAUAUUCGCCCAGCCUGGAGACGACUCUCGAAAAGGCCAUAGAAAGCUCUGCUCAGGUGGCAACGCCGCAAGAACGUGCUCUCACAGUCUCUCAACUUGAUCACUCAGUUGCUACGCUUGUGCCUGCUGCGCCAUCUAACCUCUCUGAGGACGAACAAUGGCGUCCACCUCAAAAUAAGGAAGAAGACGUCGCAUUGUUCAAGCGUAUUAUGAAACGCGCUGAGGAGAAAGCCCAGCGCAAGGAAGACAAGCGCAAGCGCAAGCGACUUGAAGAGGAGCAAGCUCUGGCCAAAUCGCUACGUGAGGAACGGCGCAAGUUGUCCAAAUCAGCUAGCCCCGACGAGGAGCCUUCCGGCACGAAGAAAUUCUCCUUGGUACAAUCAUAUGUCAAAUCUCUACCAACACUACCGUGUUUAGAAAAGACCCGAAAGAUUCUGGAGUCAAAGGCCCCUGCGCCGGCUGAAUCUGAGGUCUCUAAGAAGCGCCAGCGCGAGAUUGAUGAGGACGAGUUGCUGCUCAACUCUGCUCGUAUCGUCGCCGAGCAAUUACGUUCAGGACCCAAAAUCUUUGAUGAUGUGUCACCUCAGAGUUUGGUGAAUUAUAACGCCUAUCAUGAUUACUGGGAACAACGGAGCAAAAGCCGUCUUUCCCACAGUAACAGCGCUUCGCCUUCCGCAACCCCGUUCGCACAGAGCGCGUCGCCCCCACAGUUCCCACGCCACCCUUAUUCGGUCGCCUAUGCGCCUGACACGUCCACUGGUCUUGGGAGAACAAUGUCGCGCACAGAAUACCGGAUUAGAAUGACGGGGGGUCAUGGACUGGCUUACAAGCCUUUGGACUUUUCGCGCGCGCGCGCCUCUUCGGGACAAAAGCACCCGAGUCAGGAGAAGGAGAAUGGCACGAAUCGGUUCGCAAUGAGUGGAUAG